UUUAAUGAUGGACGUUGACGUCAACGUGAAAAUUACAAGAUGUUGCAUAAGCUGCAGGCUAUUAUUUUCUGCCGGGGGGAGAGAGUGCGCUUGCGGGAAGACUUUGAAGUUCUUGCAGGAUGCAAUGCCAGUGUCCAGUAACGUGUUCAAACCGUAAAAGAAUUGAAGGAAGUUGCCGAGCCUGGAAUAGUACGGCAACAAUAAUAUUUGAAAUCGCACGAUUCAAGCCGUACUAUUUAUUGGGAGGCCCUAAAUUUCGCCGAAAUUUAGUGGAAUAAUGGUGCAUCAUCAUUUUUCAUAUUCUUGAAGUGACGGUAGAAAGACAGUCGGAAGAAAGUCCAGUCAUUGUCGAUCGUGCGAAUUUUUCAACGUUCGCGGGAUUGAAAAAGACGAUUUCAAUCCUGUCUGGGAUUGCCAUAUGAUGUAUGAAGGCAUUUAUCAGUAAGAUGAAUGUCCGUCAAAAUUGAGUUUCUAGUAGCCUAGCAGCUAAAGGUGACAUUCAAUCUCCGUUGUGUUGGGAUCGCCUUGAAGCUUAUGUCGAACACACGAUAUAGAUGAAGAGCAAAUUCUUGAUUCCACAAGUGGAAAAUCUUGACCAUGACCUUCCGUUACUCCUGGAUUGUUUACAGAUUCAUCGUCUAGUCUGUCGUUAAAAAGCGCAUUCUAUUUUAGUAAGGAUUCCCCUAAUUUAUUUUUCGAGUGACCAUGGAUGAUGAGAUCAAGACAUGCCAUUCGGUACAUGGUUGCUACCCCAGGUGUGUGUGUGGGUAUUUGACGUAGACGAACCGUCUUGGAGAUAUUAGCACUUGUACGGACUAGGUAAUCGAUGCCUGAUGUUCUGACCUAUGUGGAUAAACUUACCCACUACAAAACAUGCGUUUCCGGGCGAUCUUUGCAAAAUUUUCGUAGAAAGGAUCCGUUUGUAGUUUGUUCAUUUUAUUUCUGCGUUGUGAAUGUUGACGUGACAACAUACGACUCAGAUAUUGUAGAAGAGUGCCUUUUUAAGGUUUCUUUGUGAAUUGGACGGAACAUUGUUCUUCGUUAGUUUUGCUACUCUAAUGAAUCUCAAUCUCGUCGUAAAUUUGGGCGGGUCCUUGGAAGGAUUCAGUAAAUUGAGCAAAUUUACUGACGACAUUUUUCCGGACUUACGAUGUUGGCAGUGGCGAAUAAGAAUUGCAGCUACCUGCCAACGAAGAGAAACGUCGUGAAGGAAUCUUAAGCUUUUGAUUGUUGAUUGUCACGAACUCCACCUGGUCCCCCGCCAACGUGUUUUUAAACUCUUUUCUGACAGCGUCCUUUUGUUGGCGAAAGCAAAGUUUAGUUUAGUUUCUUUAGAAACAACUACCGGUUUCGUGCAGGUGGGACAAAUUAUAUCUUGUGCAGGAAAAUGUAUUUUUGUUCCAGGUAUAUUGCCAUGCCAGGUAUAUGGCCAUGCAUACCAGUUAAUCCACAAGGAUGGCUAUCAUUACUAAUAGUUUAAUGAGAUAUUGUUGGAACAUGUACUACUCAAAACAGUGAUGACGGAAACGAUGUAAACCAGUCCCACCGCACCUGUAAUGUUUUGCGAGAAAGAAAAGCGUGGCCUUCACCUUCAGCGCUGUUGCUGCGUGAAUCGAGGCUAAAAGAAAACACUGCCCAUUUGAUGAGAAAUGCUGGUUUGACAACUUUUCUACAUCAUAUCCAGAGUCAACUCUUUUUCCCCAAUGUUCCCGCGGUGUUAGAGGCCAUCGUGAUUUCUCGUUUCUCUGCCAGUACGCCCGCGGAUUCCAGUGUCUUCAGUGCCCAAUUCAAUUAAAUCGGGACAUUUUCACAAGUGCUUUUUCGUAUCGAAGUCGUAAGGAAAAUCUCUGUCGUCCAGUUUGAAAGCAAUUUAAGGCAGUGAAUCACGACACCGCCAUUUGCAUUCGUCGAUCACGAAAUGUUGAGAGGCGAGUAGAAAACCUGACGUCUUGUCAAAUGAUUGACUUUGAUGUUGCCACGGAGUGCAUCUACAAGAGUGGCAAGGAAAGAAGACUGGAUUUCAAUCAUGGAUUCUACUCGCAUAUCAGUUUCCGCUCUUGGCCGCGAUGUGGUUGUGGGAGAUUUUUACAAUUACUACACCGACGAUAUCCUCAAAAGUAGCAUCCUAGUGCCGAGAGAGUGCGUCCACAUCGAACAGAAAUUAAUUCCGGAGACGGAACGCUACUUCUUCUUUAACCAACCAUCAAAGUACAAAGCGUCUUUGCUCGGCAUCAAUUCUCAUUUGAAACAGAGCAUCGAACAAGGCUCGGUGGAUUUAAAUCUCCUCUGGUUCAACGAUUUCUUGAGGGCAUAUCCGUCAGAAGAUGAGCACAAUGAAGCGCUAGUCACCGUCUUCUUCCGCGUUGUCCGACGGACUGAGACCCUCGAUCAUAAGUUUAUCAAAUCCAAAAUGUACGAUUAUCAGGUGGAGAGUGGCGGCUGGGCGACACAUUUAGUGGAACAGGUCGUCUACGGAGCCGAGCUGAUCUGUUCCAUGCGCAGAGCCGUCGAUUGGCAAAGGGAAACGAAGGAGAGCGCCGAAGAAAAUAUUUAUUUAGUGGCAAAAGCGUAUUUCGAUUACAUCAUCGGUCCGAAAGCGACCAACACGGAACCACCAGCGGAACUAGAAAAAGUUUCAUGUCGAAUUCUCAGCAGCCUGGAAGACGUCUACAUGGUGGACAGUUCAUUUCGACAAUCGUGUGAAUUCCUGAGAGAUGUGAUCAAUUUUAAAGAAGAUAAUCAACCCGCCACAUUAUGGCGUCCUAUCUACAUAGUCCGGCGCCAAAUACCGAGGCAAAUUGAAACCCGCAUUUUGUUGGACAGGAUCGUCGAUAAAAGAUUGAAAAUCGAACGGAAAUUGCAUUGGAUUGUGAAGGAGAGCCGCAGGAUAUCGAAACAUCCAUUUCUCAAUCGGAUUCCUCCGCUAGAAAAAGCAAUGUUCCAGUUCCUCGAUUUACUCGACUUGGCCGAGAAGGAGAUUAUGCAGUUUGACGUCAAUGUUGUUGCGAAAAAAUGCAGUCAAGACCUCAGCUCUCAAGACAAGAUUUUGAACGACGUUAAAACCGUUUCGGAUUGCGCCCUUUUGGCCGACAUGGUGGACUGGUUGACUAAACGACGUGCGGAGAUCGAUGCGAUCUAUUUACUAUUAAAAGGCAGUCAGAUGAACAUCUUCGAUAUGGCGGAGAUCGAAUCACGAACCCCAUCCAACAUCGAGAAACGUGCAAGAGUUUUCAUCUUGAAAAUCGACUACGUUCCAGACCCGUUAAUGGAGCGUCUUCAGAAUCUGGUUGGUAAUCUUGAACCGGUUAUCAAACUGCCCAUUUUCCCGGCCGUUUCAUUUGGCAAGGAAAGACAAGGGAUGAUUAGCAAAGCUUUCUAUGGAUUCUCAGAAGAGGCACGCUGGUGUUCCAACGAAAAUAACAGCUACCAGAUAGGACUGGUUCCAGUUGCCUCACCUCUAGCCGAUGCAGCCAUCAAGACGAUUUUGUACCCGGCCGUGGACAUGUCGAAAGCCCUUUUGCCCAGUCCAACGGAAAUACCUUUAGUCAUCCAAGAAGAACAUCAAUUGUUGUGUUCCAUGACCAACAGAAGCUCACGUCCGCCUCAUUCUCCUAGGAGAGUUCCUCCCGUUCCAAAAAAAAUGCAGCAUUCCAAUGAAAAAGCAAACGAAGUUGAGGCAAUGGACGAAGAGGAAUUCUUUUUUAAUUUGAUCAGUCGAUCCCAAUCGAAACGCAUGGACGAUCAGCGCUGCUCGCUGGCAGUCGUCGGUAAACAAGAGAGUCGACGAGCAGACACGCCGAAUUUGCAUUACAUGAUCAUUUGAUAUGAGAUUACAUCCUACUGUGCUUUGUUUUUCCCCCUUUUCUUGAGUUGUGACAAAUCAUUGAUCAAAACGAAGCGAAAGUUUAGUUUUUGAUUAGAAAAGUAUUCGAACGCUAAAUUCAAAAUAUAACAAAACGCUUAUGAUAUUAA